AUGAGGGAAGACAGCGACUGGUUCAAGCAUGAGGGCAGCUCGUCGCAAGUUGAAGGCUUUGAAGAAGCUCGGCUGGCAGCAUCGGCUGUCGCUGAGGAAUGUCAAGCUCGCCCGACGUUCACCAACGUGGACGUGCAUGCAUGUCUGGAGUUCGAGAGACAAGGCCAUGUGGGUCUGCGGUCGCUCUUCGCAGCAGGAGAGGUCGAAGGACUGAAGCAAGCUGUCGUCAACAGGUUCCAAGCAGAGAAGUUCAAGGCUUACACCCAGAAGAUGCGCCUCUUCGCCGAAGACGAUGACGACGAGGAGUUGAGAAAAGCAGCUCAGAACUGCAGAACCGAAGAGGAUGCGGAGAAGCUUCUCAAGACAUGGUGCGAGGAAAACGAUGCAGUCGUACCCUUCUUGCAGGCGUUUAAUGUUCAUCGGGGAUCUAGCGAAGACUCUGAGGCCAUCAUGUCGUUUGUGCGAGACAACUCGAUGGGGAAAAUAGCAGCAGAGCUAAUGGGAGUGAGAGGGACGAUGCUCUACCAGACCUCCAUCUUCUACAAGGAAGCUGGUCAUGGUGAAACUAGCUGGCACGCGGACUUGGCGACUUCACCGUGGGACACAAACGCAAUGAUCACAUGCUGGAUUCCUUUAACUCCUAUUGAGACCCUCGACGAUUCUCCUCUUGAGUUCGCCUCGGGGUCACAUCGCGAUGUCGCGCUGCCCUACUGGUAUACCAACGAGGGGAUGGAGGACCCGAGCGGCGACCCGCGGGAGUACGACGUGCACAACCAUGCUCCUCUGCAACUGGGAGACUGCACGUGGCAUCAUGGUUGGCUCUUCCAUGCUGCUCCUCCGAAUCUCGGCAAGCAAGAUCGCAUUGCGCUGGCAGUCUCGUUCGUUAGUGUCGAUGCUCAUGUGCUCGGCAGCAAGAAGCUGAGGAGGAGGCCUGAGCGAGAGGACAUGGAGAGCUACUCCGAGUGGAUAGGUGAAGUUACGCCUGGAAGCCCAGCAAGACAUCAUCUUUUGCCCAUCAUCUACGAGUCUUGA